ACGUCGACGUAAUGAAGUGAUUCCUGGUGUUCUUGAUGGCCAGUGCUUUAUUUUUAGGUAAAAUUUUCAGCUGGGAGUUACCGAGACAUGAAGGCUGGGGCCUCGUCCAUGUGGGCUUCAUGUUGUGGUCUGCUGAAUGAAGUGAUGGGUACGGGAGUAGUGCGGGGCCAGCAGCCAGGGUUUGGUGCAGGAGCCGGUCCCUUCAGAUUUGCCCCCAAUGCUGGGUAUUCAACCUACCCCCCGCCUUCAUCGGGAAAUGCUAGUCUCGUCUGCAAAGCCUGCGGACUAGACUUUUCUGUGUUCAGGAAAAAGCAUGUUUGCUGUGAUUGCAAGAAGAACUUUUGCUCUCUCUGCUCAGCCCUGCAAGAAAACCUUCGGAGAUGUUACACGUGUAAUGUACUGAAAGAAACCACAUUCCAGAGGCCACAGCUAAUGAGACUGAAAGUAAGAGACCUGCGGCAGUAUCUAAUGCUGAGGAAUGUAUCGACAGAGACGUGUCGCGAGAAAGAGGACUUGGUGGACCUUGUGUUGUUCCAUCAUGGAUCCGAUGCAGAAGACGACUUGGACACAAGUAGUAUACGUUCAUCCAGGUCUGUGCUCGCCACGCCGCAUUCUGUAUUGCACUCCGCUCCGUCCCAGUCCUCGCUGUCUGCCUCUCCAGGAGAUCUGCUCACUUGGAGUGGAAGCUCAGGAACAGCAAAUCAGGAACAUGGUGAUGGAGCAGCUCGGUUGACUCUGGAAUCAGAUGAAAAUGUAGAAGCACAGGAUACUCCGCUGUCUAGAAAGCGGGCAAGGGCCUCUCUCUCAGACAUAUCCACCAUGGAGGACAUCGAAGGACUGAACGUCCGGCAGCUCAAAGAGAUCCUUGCUCGAAAUUUUGUGAACUAUUCAGGGUGCUGUGAAAAGUGGGAGCUGGUGGAGCGAGUCAACAGACUGUACAGAGAGACUGAAGAAAACCGGAAGUCGUUGGAAAAUGUGGACAACAGUAAAACUGCAGUGGUGACGUCACACCCUCAGCCUAUCUGCAGUGGUGGAAAUGGAGACGGUGAGAAGAUGCACUUAAGCAGCGAUGACAACCUGUGCAGGAUCUGUAUGGAUGCUGUGAUUGACUGUGUACUCCUGGAGUGUGGCCACAUGGUCACCUGUACCAAAUGUGGAAAGAGAAUGAGCGAAUGCCCCAUCUGUCGACAGUAUGUAGUACGGGCAGUGCACGUUUUCAAGUCGUAACAUUGGAGAGGGGAGGCUAAAUAUAUUUAGGUUGCUGACAUUCACGUCAUCUCUCAUUUUUGCAGUGUUAUUAAAGGUCUGCCCGCCAUUUAAUUCAUCCCUAUUUGGUGCCCCCUCAAGCACUGCCCAAAUGGAUUUGUGUGACAAGUGGAUGAUUUGAGAACUGGAAAGUAGAGAAUGCCUACAGACUAUACCAGUAGCUUCAAAGUAUUUGUGUAUCGAUACCCUCUUUAGUGAAUGUGAUGUUUUGUAAUGCAAGUCCCUGUUCUACACUCUUCUAUUUUCUUUGUGCCUUUAGAGUAAUCUGGUCUCAAUGAAAAUUACAGAAAUAAGUAUCGGUCAGACUUUGUAAGCAAAGGUGUCUGGCUUCUUGGAGUCGGUCAGUGCAGUCAUUUUUAAUUUUACUAUUCAGUCGACAAUAUUCUGGCUUUUAAAGUUUGACACACAUGACGAUUUAAUUAAAUUCAGUUGAUGUGACAAAUGCUAUUCUAUUAUACAGCGUAUUUGUGUGUUUUAAUUGAGGUAUUAAAUUAAAACUAUUGCAUAUCUGCCAAACUAUUGCAUAUCUGCUUUGGAUCUCUAGUCACACCAUUCGGUUUCUCAAAAUGGGCUUUUAAUCAGACUCGUACCGAAGCAAUACAAGGAUUUGCAAAUUCAUAUUCUGUAGAAAUGGUGCAGAAACUAAAUAAGUACAAUUUCAUAUCGCUAACCUAAAAUGUAUAUAUCUUUUUGUUUGUUUUUGAAUGUUUAAUAUCAGAUUUUUAAAUAUCAUUGUAAGAAACUGCGUUUAACAAUUGUGUAAAACUGUAAAACUAUUGAAAUAUUAAGCUUGCUUGGCCACCUAUGAUUGAAUCUAUAAAACAGAAGAUGGUAGAAUGCUCACUUCCUACUACCUGUCCUUUUCAUAAGCACUGUCAGGAAUUAUGCUUCAAGAUACACUUUCUGGUGAGCUGUGGGUGUUUGUCCCUAAGUGAUUUCUUACCUGCAGCCUUCAGUUGAUGUAGUGUAACACUUAGAAUUGAAAACACCACUGAGUGCUCUUCAGUUAUAAGUAAAAAAUGCUUCUGUGUCUCCUUGAGGAUACAUGAAAUAAAAAACACCAGUAAACCUUCACCAGGACGUCGUGCAGCAAUAUAAAACCAAAACGGGUAAUGAUGCAGGCUGCAUGUAAGAGACACUGGAAAAGAUUCCUUAAGAAAACAGGUGUUUAAAUUAGGUAUGGUCUUGUAUUUUGGAAUGUUGAACUUUUUAUUUUGGUUUAAAUUAAAAAUAAUUACAAAUUCAUUGAAUAAAAAAUACAGUACCUUCA